GGAGCAGUAGUGGGGAGCAGCGGACAGUCCGUGAGGAAAUGGAGUCAACCGGCUUGCAGGGCGGCCUCAUUGUGCGGGCACCGUCAUGUGAAUGGUGGGAGGGACCUGGCCACAAAGACAACCCCUCGGCACGUCACUGAACCCGAACGAGAGAUAAAAGAGAGUGAAGCUGCCCGCUUCCAGCAGUCCGAAAAUCAGAAGCAUCGAGGGGGGAAAAGAUCAAGAGGAGAAGGCGCUCCCCAUGGAUACUGAAAGCAUGCCCACCGACUUAUCAGAGGCUCUGAAGUUGGCCACAAAGGAGUCACACGAACUUGCUGAAAACUCCGAAUUUAUGAGAAACUUCCAGAAGGGUCAAGUCACAAGGGAUCAGUUUACACUGUUACUGGACUCUCUGUACUUCAUCUACACUGCCCUGGAAGAGGAGAGCGAGCGGAACAAGGACCACCCGGCCUUCGCCCCCGUCUACUUUCCCUCCGAACUGGAUCGGAAGGAAGCCUUGGAGAAGGACCUGGAAUACUUCCAUGGGCCGGAGUGGAGGAGCCACAUUAAGUGUCCGAAGGCCACUGAGAAAUACGUGAGGCGGAUCCAGCACGUGGGGCGCGAGGAGCCCGAGCUGCUGGUCGCUCACGCCUACAUCAGGUACCUGGGUGACCUGUCGGGGGGGCAGGUGCUGAAGAAGGUGGCCCAGAAAGCUUUGCAGCUACCGAGCACGGGCGAGGGGAGCGCCUUCUUCACCUUUGACCGCAUCACCAGCGCGAACAAGUUCAAGCAGCUGUACCGCUCGCGCAUGAACACGCUGGAAGCCGUCGGAGAGACACAGCAAAGGAUCCUGGAAGAGGCAAAUCGGGCCUUUCAGCUGAAUGUGGAGGUUUUCGACGAGUUGCUGCAGCUGGGAGCUCAAGACCAGAAGAACAGCAACCUCCUGAAUGGCAGCGUGCCCAGUGACCUGUCAGAAGCCCUGAAGCUGGCCACAAAGGAGUCCCAUGAAUUGGCCGAGAACUCUCAGUUUAUGAGGAACUUCCAGAAGGGCCAGGUCACCAAAGAUCAAUUUACGCUGUUACUGGACUCUCUGUACUUCAUCUACACUGCCCUGGAAGAGGAGAGCGAGCGGAACAAGGACCACCCGGCCUUCGCCCCCGUCUACUUUCCCUCUGAACUGAAUCGGAAGGAAGCCUUGGAGAAGGACCUGGAAUGCUUCCAUGGGCCGGAGUGGAGGAGCCACAUUAAGUGUCCGAAGGCCACUGAGAAAUACGUGAGGCGGAUCCAGCACGUGGGGCGCGAGGAGCCCGAGCUGCUGGUCGCUCACGCCUACAUCAGGUACCUGGGUGACCUGUCGGGGGGGCAGGUGCUGAAGAAGGUGGCCCAGAAAGCUUUGCAGCUGCCGAGCACGGGCGAGGGGAGCGCCUUCUUCACCUUUGACCGCAUCACCAGCGCAAACAAGUUCAAGCAGCUGUACCGCUCGCGCAUGAACACGCUGGAAGCCGUCGGAGAGACGCAGCAAAGGAUCCUGGAAGAGGCAAAUCGGGCCUUUCAGCUGAACGUGGAGGUUUUCAGUGAACUCCAGAGACUGAGCUCUGGGUCAGAGAGAAACGGCCCUGUACAUGACAGUGAGAUCCGAAAACGUACGGUUGUUCAGGAACGGGCAGCGCACAAAAGAGACACUCUGUAUCAGCCUUCACAACCACGCGACUUACUGACGGACAGUUCCAGCCUGCGAUUCGCUCUCUUUUUUGGCUUAGUGGUAGUGUCACUUGGCUUUGGAUGGUAUCUGCUGUGAGCCCGUUGGACACGAAGCACAGGAUUUCAACCCAAAUGGACCUCUUCUCUGACAUGUCUGUAUCUGCAGCACUAACUGAAUUGUAUCAUAUGUCAGCGGUGGCUAAGUGGGUUGUACUCUCACCUUGUAGUCUGAGGGGUGUGGGUCCAAGUCCUGCUCCAGUGACUAGAACACUUGAUCUAGGCUGAUUAUCCCUGUGCAGUGCCCUACUGACAGAGAUGCUAUGCUUUGGACAAAAUGUUAAAUUAAGAUCCCAGCAGCCUAUUUGAGAAUUCAAGAGCAAAGUUAGAGCAGAGUUCUAAAUUCUUGUAGUGCCAGCAAUAUUUGGCUCUGAGGCAACUCACAUUAAAAUGGAUCAUUUGGACAGUACUGCACCAUGGUUAGUGAGAUUCUCAGGGUUUUUAAGUAUUUUGGGUGCUCUUGGAAAAAGAAGUUUUGUCAAUCUUCUCUGAAGCCCUGUGGUGCUCUGCCCAUGCAGAAAUGGUGCUCCAGACCCAUGCACUGGAAGACUGGGGCCAGUGUCCAGUUACUCAGGUCCUUGCCUGAUCUUGGUCCUGCACUGUAUCAGGUACUGGAAGAAAGAGCUCAGGGAAGAAAAUACAGGAUCAGGAAGGAGCACAGGAACAGGAAGCACUUAGAUCCUUGAAUUGGAUCCAUGAUUCAAUUAAAUCAAAGCUGAACUGCACCAUUCGCCAGCUUUACUCAAAAUCUAUCUAUAUUCUUGCCAAACAGAAGUCUAUCGGUCUCAGUAUUUAAAGAUAAUAAUUGAUCUCCACUAUCUACAGCUCCUGGGGAAAAUCCAGGUCUGUGUCCUGCCUUUCAACAAACUGCAUCAGACAAUGAGAAAUACGAAAUGUUUGCAUAUUUUCUUAAAAUAAAAUUCCUUUUGGUUUGCUUUCAAACAUGAACUGUUGUAAAUGCUAAGAGUACAAUUAACAGUUGGAUCCACCUUUGUGUUGCAAUCAGCAAUGUACCUUUUAGCUGCCCAGCCCAUGAACUGUGUACUCCCCACCUUCUAAUUUCCCUACCCCAGAUCUCCCUCCUCAGACCAAGUCUUUGGUCAGCGGUCCUAUUAACCUGGCAUUAAAUUUUGUCUGAUUGUCCCUUGGUAUGUGAAGUUUUUUAAAGUUAUAGACCUUUUUCUAUUUUUUGAUGUUCUGUAUAUAAAUAUUUGUACAAAUUAUUUUGCAAUCAUGUUAAUCUAAACUACUGCUUUUGAAAUAAAAUUUGCAUCAAUUAUA